AUGUCAGAUCCGUUUGCUAAUUUACUUGAAUCUUUCAAAGAAAAUGGUAAGAAACCAGAUAUUGAAAAGAAGAAUCCUGUCCCAGUGAAAAGUAACGACGUGUCUUCAAUAUCAUUAAAUUCUACACUUCAGCCAAAGAAGCUCAAUGGUAUAAACACCAAGGUUUCCACUCUAUCCACCAAUUCAGUACCGACCUUUGCGAAUGUAUCUUCGUUAAAUAGUUUGCAAACGACCCCAAUACAUGAUGAUUUUGAAGAGUUAUUUGGGUCCAGCACAAGCAAUAACUUUUCUGUGUCUCCGGAACCUACAAAUAAUUUUAAAACUGUCACUGAUGUUCCCAACGUAACAUACGAGGCAAAGCAGGAUUCAGUUGUUGAUGAGGUCAAAGAUAUGGAAAUUGCCCAGUUAAUGUCAUUAGGUUUAUCAAUUGAAAAAGCUAAUAGCUACUAUUCGAAAGGCAUAAGUUAUGAUACGCUUCUUAAGAAACUGGAAAGAAGACGUUAUGGUUCCAGGAAAGGAAGAGACACACCAACCUUUGGUGGUAACACGAAUAAAGAUGACAAGGCUUACGCAAAAUUAUUUGAUUCCAGUGAAAAUACUAAUUUAUUUUCUAUGGCAAGUGGUCUUUUCAACAAGGGGAAAGAAUUCAUAGAUCAAAUGACUGCAUAUCCUGAGGAAACUGAUAGGUUAUCAAGAUAUAGGGACAUAAGUGAAAUUAGUUCAAUGAAGCCCCUUAGAAAGAGCCCUGGUAUUGUUGACGGCUUCGAUAUGGAUAGAAUAUCCCAGCAUCAAGACACAGAUAAAGGAAAAGCACCCACAAGAGAAGUUCAACAAGAAAGUCCGCCUCCUUCACAUGACCUACUAGACAAUUUUCAAAAUAAUCUCAAGCUCGACGAUAAUAAAGAAGAGCUUUCAAAAGAAAGCGUCUUAUUAGACAUAGAUAAUGAUGAUUCGACGUUGCUGAAAUCAAAAAGCUUGACAUCGGAUAGCUUAUUAUUUCAAGAUGAAAACGUUCUUGAAAACAGCAAUAUCCCAAAAAUUCCGAUUUCAUCUAUAGAGUUAUCGGGAUACAACGAAUAUAAUUCAAGAGGUUCUUCAUUUUUCAAAAAUGGGGACUAUAUAUCAGCAUUGGAAGAAUAUGAAAAAUCAUUAAACACACUACCGCAGUCACAUCCACUAAGGAUCAUUGCAUAUUCAAAUAUUACCGCAGCCGAACUCAAAAUUGGUGAAUAUUCGAAUCUAGUCAAAAAGGCAGAUAAGGCAUUGAAAUUGUUUCCCAAAGAAAAUCUAAAAUGGAAUCUCAUUAUUCAAGAUAGUGAGCCUCAUAAGAGCUAUAAAGAUAUAUGGAGUAAACUUGUUCUGAGGAAGGCAGAAGCUUUAGAGCACUUGGAAAAUUUCGAACUGGCAUAUAAGCAAUACCACUCAUUAAUAGAGAACAAUGUUUUCAGCGAUAAAAUCAUGGACGGUAAGAGAAGGUGUCAAAAGGUAUUAAAUCCAGAAAUCGCCAAAAAAACUCAACAAAAACCUAGCUCGAGUAAGCCAGCUGCAGUCCCUACGCCAUCCACUCAAAAAUAUGAAAGUGUUGAAAGAAUAAAGGAACAGAAUAGACAAGAAGAAGAGAAUGAAGCGGAAAAGUUGAAGUUAUAUGAUAUUGUGGAAGCAAAAAUAAAUGCUUGGAAAUCUAACAAACCGGAAGAUAUACGUCAUUUAUUAGCUAAUUUACCUACUAUUUUGACUUGGACAGAAUGGAAGCCAAUUAGCGUAAAUGAUUUAGUGAUGCCAAAGAAAGUAAAGGUUACAUAUCUGAAGGCCAUUGCCAAAACUCAUCCCGAUAAAAUUUCGAGUUCACUGAAUCUAGAGAGUAAGAUGAUAGCUGAAAAUGCAUUCAGUACAUUGAGUGUUGCGUGGGAUAAAUUCAAAGAGGAAAAUAACAUGAACUGA